UGCAGGCAAGCAGCACAACAGCGGUCACCCUUCAGCCUUGGAAAUAUGCCGCUGUACCGCGUGUGUGGAAUAUUUGCACUCCUUAGUGUAGGUUUGAUUUCCUUCACACCACCUUGUGAUGGGGGGAAAAUCCUGGUGUUCCCAGUAGAUGGCAGCCAUUGGAUCAAUAUGAAGAUUCUUCUGGAGGAGCUUCAUGCCAGGGGACACACCAUGACUGUGAUCAGGGCGUCCACCAGCUGGUACAUUCCAGAAAAGUCUCCCCUGUAUACAUCAAUAACAAUUGAACUGGAUGAACCUUCAGAAGACUUUUUUGAAUUGUACCUACAGGAGCAUAUGAGGCUGCAGAGAGAAGGGGGUUCAGCAUUUGCAUUCUUCAAAAUCACCAAGGACUUUAUGUCUAUGCUAUCUACAGCACAUUUAAUGUGGUCUGAGGCCCUUGGCAAAAUCCUUGAUGAUAAAACUAUGAUCAAAAGCUUAAUGGAUUCUCAGUAUGAUGUUCUUCUCACUGAUCCCGCCAUGGCACCAGGAGUGCUCCUUGCAAAGUAUCUCAAACUGCCCCUAGUGCUCAACGUUCGAUGGAUCACCAGUGGAGAAGGCCACUUUGCAAUUGCCCCCACUCCACUCUCUUAUAUCCCAGUGCCAGGAUCGGGUUUAACCGACAAAAUGACUUUCAUGCAGAGGAUCAAAAACCUGUUUUUCUACAGCACUGUAGUUAUUCAGCAGAAAUUCAUGGUAGGGCCCCACUAUGAUGCCAUCUGUGAUAAAUAUUUCGAGGGUGGAUGCGACGUCAUCUCGCUUCUUCAGGAAGCAGACAUCUGGCUGUUCAGGUCAGACUAUGUGUUUGAUUUCCCUCGGCCCACCAUGCCGAACAUCGUCUACAUUGGUGGGUUUCAGUGCAAACCGGCCCAACCUCUGCCAGCAGAUCUGGAGGAGUUUGUUCAGAGCGCUGGGGAACACGGAGUGAUCAUCAUGACCCUGGGAACUUUUGUUAAUGCUUUACCCAAAGAGGUGACAGAUGAAAUUGCCAGCGUGUUCGCCAAGUUGCCUCAGAAGGUGAUCUGGAGGCACAAAGGGGAACGACCCUCCACUCUGGGCAACAACACACUGAUCGUGGACUGGAUGCCGCAGAAGGACCUCCUCGGUCACCCACAGACCAAAGUCUUUAUAGCGCAUGGGGGAACCAAUGGAGUCCAUGAGGCCAUUUACUAUGGUGUCCCUGUCUUGGGGAUUCCCUUGUUCUUUGACCAGUUUGACAACCUUCUGCGUUUGCAGGAGAGAGGAGCUGCAAAGAUCAUUCAGCUGGGCGAGGUUAAUGGACAGAGGCUUGAACAAGAACUGAAGGAGUUGCUCUUUGAAGAGCGCUACAGAGAGAACAUCCAAAGACUUUCACGUUUGCACCGAGAUCAGCCAAUAACACCCAUGGAUCAGGCCAUCUUCUGGGUGGAAUUUGUCAUGCGCCAUAAAGGAGCUCCCCACCUGCGUACAGAGGCUUAUAAGAUGCCCUGGUACUCAUACUACAAUGUAGAUGUACUGCUAGUACUGCUGACUGCAGUGGCUGUAUUGCUGUACUCUGUUUUUGUCCUUUUUAGAUGUCUGUGCUGCAGAAGUAGAAGAAAACCCAAAACCAAACAACACUGAGAAGUCAAACUUGUGUAGAUAUAUGCUUCAACAGGUUCUCUGAAGAACUGGUUUGUGACCAUUUUAAGUGAUAUUUAUGUUUUAGGAUCUCAUUGGAGUUUGUUUAAUUUGCCAAGAUCUGAUCCAGUGUUAAUUGGACCAAUAACUACAUAGAAUUCUGUAUUGUUUCAUAACUUAUUUACAUCUUAAGGUGUCUUAUUUUUAAGCCUUUGUAAAAAUAACGAUCAGACUAAGCUACCAUGUAAGAUGUACAAAUAAAGUAAUCUCUCUUCUGUUUCAAAAUCAUUUGUCAUUGUGGCAGAUUUGUGGUGAUACAAUCAUUAAUCUCAUUGAGUAAUUUCUUUAAUUUUACAUUCAAUGUUACAUUAAAAUAUUUGAAGCAAAAUUCA